GAAAUAUUCGCGCAAGCUAUCUCUUCAGAAACGUUCUGCCCGGCGUCUCUCGAGGGAAUGGAACUAAAGCAACGCGACUAGCCUCGUUUUAUAGACCUCGCCGGGGUACUACACUCCGGUCGAAUGUAGGUUGCGGUCGUUGACGAGUGGCAAGAGGAGAAGGCGGACGCGCGGGUCCACGCUCACGUGUCUCAGAACGUGCAGUCGGCGAGAAUCAGCGGCGGCGACAGCCGAGGGCUCAGUCCGCGUGGAAGUCCAACGUCGAGCAGUAGAUGCGCCUCGUAAGUGCGCUAUUAUCAAUACAAAUUGUCCGCGCCGUCACGGAGUACACCCUUUGCCGUCCAGUUCAGUCUCGACCGGCGCGAAGCGGAGCGAGAUGAAUUGCAAACUUGACGCGAGUGCGUGUGCGUGGUGAGACGGGCGAAGGAGGAAAGCUUUUUUAGUUUUGGAGAACACACGCACAUACACACUCAUUUAUUUUUCUGUUUCUUCUUUUUUUCCUGUGAAAAAAUUAUUCCGCUGCGCGGGAAACGCGGAGCACCGGCGACACGAUGAAGGAAGUGUCCGUGGAGAACGCCAAGGUGUCGGAUUCGGGAUACUCCAAUACCUGCAGCAACAGUCAGUCGCAUCUCAGUAGUGACAGCUCGAUCUCGAGGAGCAAUCGCUCCGAAAGCAGCGGUUAUUUUGGCAGACGACCUUCAACCUUCGAAUCCAGCAAUGAAGCGCUACCGCAGCCGAUCAGCAAGAGAAAAGACAAGGAGCACAAGAAGAAAAAGUCGAAAACGACGACGGUGCUCAACGGCGCUGUCGAGGCGGAGACCGACCUGAAGACGACUAACGCGCUGCCGGAAGUCUCCUCUUACAACGCCGGUGUGCCCACGAAUGUCAUACUUGACAAGAAGUCAGAAGAGCUAGCCACCAUAGAAUUGGUGGACGCAACGGAUCCCGGCGAGCACAACGGCGACAUCGUCGCAGAUCCGGAAGCAGGAGUUGCUUCACGGACGAUCCCUCUGGACGAUUCCACGUCCCAAGCCAAUGAGGGAUUUUGUGCGGUGAUUUCGAUGCACGAUGGCUUCGUGCUGUAUACAACCCCGUCGAUAUGCACCGCCCUUGGCUAUCUCAAGGAUGCCUGGAUCGGCCGAUCCUUUAUCGAUUAUGUGCAUCCGAAGGACAAGACCACCCUAGCUGAUCAGAUCACCAGUGGCAUCGCCUCGCCGCAAGAGGAAUGGUGUAAAGGCAUCAAUGGUAGAAGGGCGAGUCUAUUUUGCGGUCUGCGAAGAUUCACCAGGUGCAACGUACCGAAUGGACACCACGUGAACGCCAGGUCGAACCUGUACCUACCCUUCCACCUGACCUUGUCGUUUCGGGACUUUCGGGACCGAACAGCCGAGCAGCAGCCUAGCAACCGUGCUAUGUUCCUCAUGGUUACCGCACAACCUGUCCAUUCCGCAUACAAAGUGCCAGAAGAAACAAUAAUAUCUUCGGUAUUCACGACCCGCCACACCGCGACAUGCCACCUAUCCCAUGUCGAUCCCGACGUAGUCCAAUACUUCGGCUAUCUACCACAGGAUAUGGUUGGCCGUUCGCUGUUUGACUUCUACCAUCCCGAGGAUCUACCUUUCAUCAAAGACAUCUAUGAGACUGUGAUCAAGCUCGAUGGCUCCUCCUUCAGGUCGAAACCAUACAGGUUCACUGUGCAGAAUGGUGGUUACGUCGUCCUCGAUACCGAGUGGUCAUCCUUUAUCAAUCCCUGGACGAAAAAACUAGAGUUUGUCGUAGGUCAGCACCGGGUGCUCAAGGGACCGACGGACCCGGACAUCUUCCGCGUGACGUCCGACACCGAGUCCAGCUACCUGGCCAGCAUCAGUGAGGAGGUGCUAAAGGAAACCAAGAUCAUUCAAAGCGAAAUACGAGCACUUCUCGAUGAGGACAUCCAAAGAACAUCAGAUAUAACCGAGCUCGAUGUGUCAAAGCGAUGUAAAGACUUAGCGUCCUUCAUGGAAACUCUGCUGCAGGAGACGAAGGCGCUUGGCGUCGGCAAGGAUGAAUCGUUCGCUCCGGACGACAAGAGCUUUUCGGGAUCACGUAAUCCCUUGUUUCAGGAGCACGACAGCGUGAUGUUCGGUGAGAUCUCGCCCCAUCACGAGUACUAUGACAGCAAGUCGUCCACGGAGACACCGCUGAGCUACAACCAGCUCAAUUACAACGAGAACAUCGAGCGCUUCUUCAAGAGCAAGCCGCCGAUCGCCACUAUGUACGGCAGCGACGAGGAGAACGUCAAUUCCAGCAACGAAGGCGCGAGGAAGCACAUGUCGCUAAUAAACAGCAGCGGUGCGAGCGGCAGCGGCAGCGCGGGGAAUCUCAGCAGCAGUUCCAAUAAUCAGACGAGCUCGGCAAGCCGCGGCGAUGCUAGCAACAGCAAUACCACCACCGUGACGGAGAGUUUCAAGCCGCCCACGCUGACGGAGUCACUGCUGAAUCGUCACAACGAGGAUAUGGAGAAACUGAUAAUGCAGAAGCACCGAGAGUUUCGCUCGAGCAUCAAGAACAAAUUAAAGGACGUGCGCAUCAAGACGGAGAAGACAAAUGGUGCAGAUCAAAGCUCUCACUAUGUCAAUCAGGGUCACGGGAUCAAGAGGAGCGGCAGUCAUAGCUGGGAGGGUGACAACUUCAAGGUAUCGAAGCAUGACAAGAACUCGAGAAACACGACAGAUCCGGCGAACCUUACGACUACCAUCGCCAACAUGAGCAAUAAUCAAUCGACUGUGGUGCAGACGGGGGCGAACAUCAACCUCUGGCUUCCGCUGUCAGUUACCGUACCCUCCUCUUCUGUGCCUGCUCAACCCUGCGUUCCGUCCCAGAAUACCAAUUCGGACACUAUACCCAAAUUUCCGUUACUGCCAUCGAUGAUACCGAUAUAUUAUAUGCCGGUACCGCAACCUAGUGAAUCCGCAACAGCGAUGUCGUCGUCCCAGAAAAAGCUGGAUCCACUGCCGUCAGCGCAAUCAACGCAGCAGAGUCCUUACAUACCUUACGUCGCGACAGCAAUGGCUGGGGUGAUUUGUCCGGCAAUGAUCGGUACACCGCCGCCACGCGCGAUGAUGUACCGACCUUUCCUGAUACCGGAACAAGCACCAGCAACCUCGACGUGCGAAAAUCAGCAACCGUCCGGUGACAAGUGUCAAGCUAGCCAGGCGACCAGCAUACAGGCCGAGCCGGGGAGCAUAAUGGCAAUGUCCGAAUCUUCCAAGAAGGUCCUGUCGCCUGCUGAAGGACUGUUCUCGUCGUGCAUGAGCAACGACGAUGGUGGCUGCUCGAGCAUGGAUCUUCUGACGCCGGUCACCAUGAAAGAACACCGCCGGCCGACCGAUUACAACGGAGACGAAUCGAGCUCGUCCAGCUUUUAUAGCAGCUUCCUGUACAAAAGUAGCGACAGCAGUUGCAAUCCAGAUCAGAAGACGUGCGAAGGCUCCUCCAAGGAACAUACAAAGUGCCAUCAAGGAAGGCGCCGGAGAGAUCCACCUUGGUUGGAGGGCGUCCAAUUAACACCGGAACUAAUCUACGAAUAUCAAAUGCAUCCGAAGACGUUGAAUGAGGUAUUGAAGGCCGACAUGGAAGCAAUGAAGAAUUUUACUCAGCCGUUGCUAGUGGAUGAUCAGCUCGGGCAGCACUACUUGGAUCUCGAAGUGGAAGGUUUGAGUAAGGAGCUCGUUCUCGAAGAUGAGAUUACGUCAAGCGGAAGCGACAGCGGCAGUAGCAGUAGCGGCAGUUGGACUGAAUCGCAGGAGACAAGGAGGAUGGUGAAAUAUAGCAAGCUCGUAAUGAUCCACGAGGAAAACGCGCCUCUACCGCCUCCGUUAAAAUCCCAGACGAUACCUUGCCAGCAAUCAUAGGACGAUUCACCGUCGAUUCACCGUCAACAAUUCCAGGAUAAUGUUCGUAAUCGUCACACUCGCAUUUUCGUCACCGAUAAUUCGAUUCGCAAAUGGGUCCAACAAUUUUUUAUCUUUGAUCACAGUUAGAUAUUUAUGGAUCAAAUAUUAAUAAAAAUUAGAUUUUUCUUUUAACGUUUUGUAAUCAAAUUUUGCUCGAAACAAGGGAUCAGAAUAAGUUGAACAGGUUCUCUGAAUUGAUUCAAACAUUCUUACACAUUGCAAAUAUAAACCGACUAUUGUAUAUGAACAACGAAUGAAAUGCAUUCGGGCUGAGAGACACAUGAGUUCAUUGACGUUCAAAGAUAUCGGCUGACCACUCGAGUCACCGAGAAAACUAAUUCAGGUACAAAGCUGGAGAGGAUAUUUAAAGUUGCCUUAGCAAAAUAGCGAAUUUCAGCGAAUAUUUUUCCAAAAUUUCAACGCGAAAUAGUAAUACGCGUUAAUUAAUUCAUUACCGAGCGAAGUACAUUUGCAUUUAUAUUAUAUAUUUGGCUUUUAUAUAUAUAUAUAUA